GUCAUUGCGCCGCCCCGAAGGGGAGGAGCGGCAAGUGUGGGGCUGGAGCAUCGCUGCUCAGCUCAGUACAGCACCACAGUGAAGGGCACUGAUUGCUCUGUCUCAUCCAAUUCAUUCAACCGCAGUUCGGAAAUCUUUCGGGCACUCGGCGGAAUCCAAACCACGUUUCAGACGUCAUCCAUCCUCUUAUGAUUGUCAUCCUUCGACACUGCCGUAAAUAGAUCUGGAUGGAUGUUGGGAAAAGACAAUCGGGUGUUGUCUGAAGUGUCCUUAGCCGUGGAAAAAUUGCUGUCUUUGCAGUGAAAAAAUUGUUGGUACUUCCAAGAUGCUUAUGUGAAUAAUAUUUACGUGAUUGAGGGCUGCAAGGAAAAGCCUGGGAACUAAGCCUAACAUUGGUAGGCAAGUUACUGGAUAAGGAAAACUGGAACUACUUUGAAUAUUUCAGUCUGUCAUACAAAUAUAAGUGUUCAGAAAUGCCACGUUCAAAAGGUGAAGCAGAUUAUUCAUCUGAAAUAUCAUCAGAGAUUUCAUAUCUUGAUGAAUUGACCAUCUCGCAUAGGAGACAUCUUGGUGAAAAUGAUGGCUACCCUGAUGCUAUUUACAUGAUUUCGGCUAGCAUAUUUCAGAACAUACAUAAUGAGAAACCUCUUUCUAGGAGGCUUGUACACUAUAACAAUGAUCUCAAGCCAUCUAUUCCACAAAUGAAAGAUGACAAACUGCAACGUUCAGUGUACGACCUGGCCUUCAGUGCUCUGAAGUAUCAAGAAAUCUUAGAAGAAAUAUUGAUAAACAGUUCUUUUUAUCCAUCUGAGUCAGUUUCUGUUGAUUCAACGAGUCUGGUGCUUGUUAUGCUGUAUGAUUACCAAAAUCGUAAAUUCCUGCCGCGAAACAUCUCUGACACAGAGGCUGUAAUACCUGAAGUUAGAGAAGUAGAGAAGUGCCUUUGGAAUUGUAAAACAAAACUUGCUGCUGCACUUGCUCGGUGUCGAAUUAAAAAUGAUGCCGUCUCCAUUCACUUAAUUCUUCCUGAAUCUGUGAGAAAUCAAGAAAAAAGAGCUUGUUCUUUGCCACUAUAUGCCUGGGUAAAUGUAUUAAAGACCAGCGUUGAAGAUGUUACUAGUUUAUUGGAGAGCAAAGGCUUUACAAAGGUGAAAUGUGCUGGUGAACUUGAGGGUCUGUCUUUUUGCGAGGAUCGACAUUGUCAAGAUGUGUUACUUUUUCCAACUCAGCUAACACCUAAGCUUAAUGACAUGGAACUUGUUACAAGUCACAAGAUGAUCAUCCAGGAUAAAGGUCGAAGUCUCGCCCCACAUUCUGUAAAGGUCUUAAUGAACAUGGAUGACGAUAUUGUUAUUACAAAUGCAGGCUCACGGCUCACUAUUGCCCACAUGUCUACUCUAAUUAAUCAGAACUUGUCAAAACUCUAUGUUUGUGGGGUGAAGUCAGAAAUGGAACAAAAUGACCUAAAGAACCUGUUUGAAAAAAUGGGCUGUAAAAACAUAAAGCUGAUACCCCAGAGAUUCACUGACAUUGAACCUAUAGAUCCACGUUUACAAAAGGUUAAAGUUAUUCUGCUUGUGCCUCAGUGUUCAGCAUCGGGCGUCAGCAAUCCAGUGGAAUUUAUCUUAAAUGAACGUGGAGAUACAACUCUACUACAAGAACUUUCUCAGGGAAAAGUAUCUGAACAGAAACUCAAAUCACUGUCUCAAAAACAAGCUGCGGAACUGAUGCAUGCUGUUAGAUUUCCCAAGGUCCAGGCCAUUGUGUAUUCUACAUGCUCAAUUUACCCUGAGGAAAAUGAAGAAGUAGUGAAACCAGUAUUGGGUAGAAAACUAGAAGGAAGCAAAGUGCAACCAUACAGGCUGAGUGCUCCUGUUAUCCCGUUGUGUUGUCCAGCAGAAAUAACUUGUGCUUCAGAUAAAUUCCUGAAGAUUGAACCAUCAGAACAAGUCAAUGGCUGUUUUAUUGCUGUCUUAACUCGAGAGCGAGACCCAUCAGGUGCAGUGUCUGUAAAGGAUGUUUUGGCUCGAGCAGCAGCAAAGGGAUUACUGGAUGGAGUUGAGACAGUCAAAACUCGAAAAAAGCAAGAAAAGCAAAAGAAAAUCAAAAUCUCCACACCAAAACUUGGGUCUUUCAGUGGAACCCAGUCAAAGAUCACUGAAUUCUUAAAUGAACAGAAACCUGUUACAUUGAAUACAAAUUCCCCAGGGAUCCAGACAUUAACCGGAACUACAGCCAGUAGAACUGGAUCGAAUACCAAGAUACCCCAGAGAAUAUCCAUUCCUGCAUUACCUAAUAAAGUAAAAAGAAAUAUUAGUAAUGUAUCUUCAAUAGGAAAGUUAUCAAGUAGAAAAUCGAGCACAUCUGGAUCAAAACAAGAGUUGAAGUUGGUGUUAAAGCCUAUUGAGAUGUUGCUUCCUCCAGUCACCAUACGAUAUCUCAGUACACCGCAGAUCCCAAGUAAUGGUUACAAUCAACCUUAUCUCUUCCAAUACCAUGGACUAUCUAGUCAUCCACCAUUUCCCUAUUCACGCAACACAUUUGUAACUUCACUUGGUGUGAAAAAGCAACGAGAUCAAGGUAUCAGAAGCACUCGUGGAAGCAUGAAGUGGCAUGGCUUUAAAGAAGAAUGUUCUAUGUGUUUACAGAGAAUGACUUGAAGGCUGGAUGUUCUCCGUGCAAAUUAAAAGAUUUGGCUGCAGAACUUUCUGUAUGAUCACCACAUAUUUUCAAGCACUGAGCCUGUACAAUAUAGAAUAUGUCAAUAGAGAAAGAACUAGAGGCAAAUUUGUUUUUCAUCGAUUUUCAUGUUGAAAUUAAUGGAAAAUUACGAGAUGUCUAUUUCCCAUGAUUGUCCAAUUGUAUACAGUGGCCUCCAUAAUGUUUUGGAGAAAGACCCAUCAUUUUUUUUUUGGCCUCUGCACUCCACAAUUUGAGAUUUGUAAAAUAAAAAAAAUCACACGUGGUUAAAGUGCACAUUGUCAGAUUUUAUUAAAGGUCAUUUUUAUACAUUUUGGUUUCACCAUGUUGAAAUUACAGCUGUGUUUAUACAUAGUCCCUCCAUUUCAGGGCACCAUAAUGUUUGGGACAUAUGGCUUCACAGGUGUUUGUAAUGGCUUAGGUGUGUUUAAUUGCCUGCUUAAUGCAGGUAUAAGAGCUCUCAGCACCUAGUCUUUCCUCCAGUCUUUCCUUCACCUUUGGAAACGUUUAGUGUUGUUUAGCAACAUGAGGACCAAAGUUGCGCCAAUGAAAGUCAAAGAAGCCAUUAUGAGACUGAGAACCAAGAAUAAAACUGUUAGAGACGUCAGCCAAACCUUAGGCUUACCAAAUUCAACUGUUUAGAACAUCAUUAAGAAGCAAGAGAGUACUGGUGAGCUUACUAAUCACAAAGGGACUGGCAGGCCAAG